AGAUCGCACUCGUUCUUAACGACAUCAAUGUCAUAUCAGGAGAGAGCGACAACGUUCAUUCACAGGUGCUUUAUAGUCCCUGUUCAUCGCAAUGUCGAUAAUAUUUUAUAUGCUAUUGAAAUCUCUGCCUGCGGUGUUACCUGGACGGUCUAUCGUACCUUCUCUACCUUUCAGAUGCUGAAGGAUAUGCUUGUUCAGGCAAAUGUUCCCAACCUUCCCCCCUUUCCCAACACGCAGUUUGUCGACUCUUCGACCCUAGAGGGGAUCAAUUCGAUCCGUAUUUUGCUGGAAAACUGGCUACAUAGCAUAAUGGAAAACGAAUAUGUACAACAUGUAAGUGCCUUUCAGGAGUUCAUGCGGGCGCAACCGAAUCACCCUCCAAGUGGAAUUCAGGAAAUCGAUUUCUCCUACUUGAGCGAUAAUGACUCUCUGGAUGCUCGUAGUCCGGGUAGCGAUGAUGCGUACUACCGAAACGAGUACCCCGAGCUGAACAACUCUUCCGUUUCGCUCAAGAGCUUCGACAUUCUGAAAGUAAUCGGCAAGGGCAGUUUCGGCAAGGUGUUUCAAGUGCGUCGCAAGGACGGGAAGGAGAUCUACGCGAUGAAAGUCCUCAAGAAAUCGGUCAUCAAGAACAAAAACCAAGUCGAGCACACCAAAACCGAGCGUAGCGUGCUCGGCCGUGUGGACCACCCCUUCAUCGUCGGUCUCAAAUACGCGUUCCAGACCCGCGAAAAGCUCUACUUCGUGCUGGACUAUUGUCCCGGCGGCGAGCUGUUCUACCACCUCGGCAGGGCCAAGAAGUUCUCAGAGGACCGAGCUCGCUUCUACGCCGCGGAGAUCACGCUGGCGCUGGAGUAUCUCCACAAGAAGGGCAUCGUGUAUCGCGAUCUGAAGCCCGAGAACGUGCUGCUCACCGAGGAGGGCCACGUCCGUCUCACCGACUUCGGGCUCAGCAAGGAGGGCAUUUCGCAGGCGGACCGCGGCGCGCAGUCCUUCUGCGGCACGCCGGAAUACCUGGCUCCGGAGAUUCUGAACCGCACGGGCCACGGACAGGCGGUGGAUUGGUGGAGUCUGGGCGCGCUGCUGUACGAAAUGCUGACCGGCUGGCCGCCGUUUUACUGCCGCGACCAGGAGCGACUGUUCAACAAAAUCAAGAAGUCCGCGGUGGACAUCCCGCCCAAUCUCACGCCGGACACUGCGGACAUUCUGCAGAAGCUGCUGCAGAAGGACCCGAAGCAGAGGCUGGGCGGCGACUCGACGGACGCGGAGGCGGUGAAGAAGCACCCGUUCUUUCAGUCGAUCGACUGGGACAAGCUGUAUCGCAAGGAGCUGCCCGUGCCCUAUCUGCCCGAGGUGAGAGGAAAGCAGGACACGUCGAUGUUCUCGUCGGAGUUCACGAGCCAGCCGGUGAGCAGCCAGCCUUCGUACACGUUCUCUGCGAUGGACGAUCCGUCGUACACGGGAUGGUCGUAUAGUCGACACUAUGGCAGGGAGUCCGAUAAUGAGGAGUCCAAUAUGCAAAUGGAUCAGGAAAACAGGCUAGAUGAUAAUGAAGAUGACGGAUCUUAUCGGAGUGCGUCGUUUAGUGAUUACUCGGAUCGAAGAUCAGAGGAGGACAUUUAUGAUUAGAUUCUUUGUUUGGUCUUUUAUAUAGUUAC